AGUCAUUUAAAUGAAAUCAACCAAACCACAAAACCACAGUUUUUUGUUCGUAAACACUUAGUGGGAUAUCCUAGUAAUUUUAUUUGCAACAAUACAAUGGAAUUAAAGUGCAAAUUGAUCCCUACCAUUUGGAUUGGAUUUGUAUUGCACUCUGCAUCAACGACUCAUGCAGAGAUACCCGAUGCAUCUAAAGGAUGUAAAGAACCAAAUGAAACUGCAGUUUUUGUAGACUCUUGUCCAACAACAGCACAGGAAUGGAGAGAGGCAGCAUCACGAAAGGGAUGCAAAAAUCGCUGUUCCUCAUUUGAAUAUCACUGUGUAAUAAACGCAUGGAUAAAUGAAACAAUAGAAGUUUGUGCACCUAUCAAAAAUAUUGUUGGAAAUGUAUGUGCAGAGUACAAUUUUGGUGGAUCUAGAAUACAGCGCAACGAAGGCGCAAAAUGCAAGAAAUGUCCAUCAAAUUAUUUGUCUAAUGAGAGCUUUAAAUAUCCGGAGUGCUACGAUUUAGUCAACAAAACACGUGAGAAAAGCAGACCAACAGUUUUAACAAGUUCAUAUUUUACGACAACCAAGGUUACAACAGACGAUAAAGAACCAAUAACACUCUCAAGACAGGAAAGGUUGUCCAUUGACCCUGACUCAGAUUCAGAUCUUCAUACCAAAAUAAUCAUCCCAAUCUGCUUUGGAAUUGCCAGCCUGCUAAUUGGAGUUCUUAUAUGUAUUCUUCAUGUACAUCGUUCUAGAAAUUCAUGUUCCUCCAUACUAGAUACCAUCUCAUGGUUUUGCAACUUUCAGAAACAACAAAAACAUACCGAUGUUAAUGAAAAUCCUGAUACAGACAUUGAAAACACACCAUUAAAUAAGGAAAACACAGACCGUUGUUCGGAUGAGACGGAGCCGUCAUGAGAUAUGAAAAGAAUGAAAUGACCAACAUCUAGGCGAAACAAAUUAAAAUUGAUCCUGGGGAAAAAUUGAUACUUAAAGAAUAAGAUUUUUUUUGAUAAACGUAUGAAACGAAGUCGGUUAUGUGAUCAAAUCCUAUAUCGCCAACGAGGCUGGUGCAGUUUGCUUUCCAUACUCAACAACAUCUGAUCAUUUGACCAACUGUGUGUUAUUGAGCAUUUAUAUUUUACUUUUUUAUUCUUGUCACGAAGAAAUACAACCACUAUUUCAACUUUGCUAUUAAACUGCGAAAUAAGGUACAUAAGAUAUCAUGUGACGUCAUAUUCGGAACAAUUCAAGUGGCUCGUGCAGUUUGCUUUCUAUACCCAAGGACUAAUGAUCUAGACCGACGGAAUGCCGCUGAAAAAUUAAUUUCAAUUAAAUUUGUGUUACUUUAUAAAGCAUCGGCAAAAGUCAAUUUAAUGAUUUGUCAUCCCUUUUCUUACGCAUACCCACAUUUGUUAUUGAUGUACAAAGACACUAAAUGGCAGCUUGUGUUUUGUUGUGUUGCAUUUAUUAACUGUAUGCACGUUUUGUUAUAUACUUUAUUACCACUGUCGUAGUUUAUAAACUGUGCCAAACAUUGCUCAAUAAAGGUACAUAUUAACCUUUCAUACUGGAAUUCGAAAUUUCUUGUCAAAUAAUGAAGACAUGAAAUAAAUAAACUGUUCAAAUUAAAUCUUUAAUUU